AUGGAGUCUGUACUACCUCAUUACUCUACUCGCAGUGCUCAAUCCCUCCCCGAAGAGACCAGCGCCACCAAGAAGAAGCGUCGUCAGAACGUCGAAAAUGGCGGGCUCGCAGCAAUUGACGAACUGGAGCACGCCAAGCCAAGACUAACCAACACGCACAAGCUUCGCAUGGUGAGGGCACUGGUGACAGCCAUGGAGCACGAGCUCCUAGACCUCCAGUCCAAAUGGGCCGAGCAGAUACCCGACGUACGCACACGGGUCACAGCACAACGCUGCGCCUUGGAGAAGUACAUCGCUCGGCAGAGUGACAAAGCGCACCGAGAGCUCCAAGAACUGUUUCAAGAGCACCAACUCCUGCUAGCUUCGCUGCAGACGGCCGUGUUCAAAAGUCCCCUGCAUUCCAGUGGCCGCGAAAUACGAUCUCUUGCGACGGUGCCCUCUAUCGUGGAGAAGUUCUCGCAACUGACGAUUGACAAGAAGAUGAAGAAGGCAGGGGACAUCUCGAUGAUGCCGCUGUCUCACAUUGAUAUCUCCGGUUGUGAGGACUGCACACUGGUGUCGAGCGUCUUCAUCUCGGAGAUUCCUCACACAUCUUUGGAGGUCGUCUACGCAUCUGUGCUCGCUUACUUCGGCUCAAUAGCUGCGACGCUGAAGCGCCACUUGGGCGUUGAUACCACAACCCAGCUUCUCAACAGCGCGGAGUCUCCGGUGCAUUAUUUGCGCUCAAGUUUCAAGCGUCCUCAAGGGUCUUGGACGGAGAAUUACGUUUUGUGCUCGGAUCUCACGCCGGCUCACGGAAUGGUCCACAUCGACGCGGUGACGGACGAUCCGCUGUGUCCUGUGUCCGCUUCCGCGUCGUGGCAGUACAGUAUUUGUGGUCUCACUGUUACGCCUCGGAAACACAAGUUGACGGGUAGAACGCUAUCGGUGACGCUGCGUUGGGUGGUUGUGUAUCGCUAUGAGACGAUGCCGAAUGAUCCUGCGAUCCAAGCAGACUUGGAGAUUAUCCGACCCAUUUUGAACGGAGACUUGAUCACUGCGUCCGUAUGCAACUAUAUCCAGGAACUGCAGGAAGGACGCAAAGAACUUUCGUUUAGAAAGACGUGGAGACUUGAAGAAGCUGAAUUGGAAGUAUAA